AUGAAGCUUCCCUGCGUAGGUGAGGGGCCACGAGGGGAACAGGCGGAGGACGUGCUGCGGGACUUCGCCUUCGACCGGGUCUUCAGCCCGGGCCGUCCGGGUUCGGGCCAGGCGCGGAUCUUCCAAGAAGUCGCCCAGCCCGCCGUCCAGGAUGCCGUGGAGCGGCUGGAGAGCUGCUGCUUCCUGGCCCUGGGAUGCAGUGGCCACGGGAAGACCUUCGCCGUGACCGGGGGACCCCGGCGCUUCGAGGAUCGAGGCCUCGUGCCACGUGCAAUCUCCUGCCUCUUCGAGCUCUUGAAUGCCAAGACGAACCGGGAAGACUUCCAAGUGAAGGUCUCCUUCUUCGAGCUCUACAGGGACAGCUUCUUGGACCUCCUCAGCAAGCGGGCUCCGGUGAACAGCCGGAUUGGGCAGAGCCAGAAAGAAAGGAUGCCGUGCCCGAUGGAGCUACCGGCUGCGCAGGCUGCGUGCGUCAGCUGCCUGAACGAGAGCGAGGCGUACCAGCGGCUCUUCGAGGGUGACGCGCGCCGGCAUUUCGAGAGGCUGCCGAGGAACCCAGAGACCUCCCGGGGCCACGUCUUCUUCCAGCUUCACAUCCAGAAGGAGGGGGCCGGGGAGACCAAAGAGGCCGUCCUCUCCUUCGUGGACCUGGCCGCAGGCGGAGGGGGAGGGGCGCCUGGCCCUCGAAACCAGGCGACGGAGAGCAUCGAAAGGAGCUUGCAGGAGCUGCGGCAGCUGGCAAAGAGCGCCCUUUGUGGAGGGCUUAAGCCGGAACCGUUGCCAGAACCGGGGCUACUCUGUUCAUUGCUGCUGCCCUGGCUGCGGCCGGCCGGCUCGUCUCUGCCUUCUUUGGUGACCUUGUUGCCUUUGAGGUGGCAGAAGCAGAGCGGCAGCGAAAUCUACGACUUCUUGCAGCUUGUCCGCAUCCUGCACCAGGCUGCGAAGAGUCGCAGCCCACAGAGAAAUGGAGCGGGACCUCCGAUACCACGAAGCCCACAAAGCCAGGAGGCAGACACCGCGAACUCGCCAAGCGAUGCUUUGACCACCUGGUCGCCUUGGUCAGCCGUGGUGGUUCACAGCCAGAAGGAUUUUGACGGCGAAGAGAAGGAACGGACCGAGGCGGAGGAGGCGGAGGUCGAGGUGGCUCGCCCCAGGCCAGUUCCCGUGAAGUCCGAGUUGCCGGAGCCGCUGGCACCGCUGGGACCGGUCACCGGCCUCGGCGGCCUCGGCGGCCUCGGCGGCCUCGGCGGCGGCCUGCUGCGGAGCCUUCCAACCCCGCUGCGGGGCUCCGGGCCUCCUCGCUUGAGCGAGGCUCCGCCUCCGCCUCCGCCUGCGCAGUCAGGUCUGCCUGCCGCUACAUGUCCGACAGAGCUCUCGGAGCCCCGUGCUGGUGCCUCCUCGGCAGCAAGCACUCCCAUCCGAAGGCCCUCAGUGAUCGCUCCAAGACGAGUGUCUCUGACAGCAACUUCGCAAAGAACGAUGCUUCCUGCAGCGCUACCAGGGCACUGCACGGUGCGGUGCGCUGUGUCCAGGUCACCAAGUCCCUGGCAGAUCGCAGGCGCUCCGUUGCGGCCACGGAGCUGCGACACGAGAGCGCCGGGUUCCGUCGGUUCCGUGCCGGUAACCGCGCCUUUGAAUUGGGGCUCCGGUGCCGGCCCCAUCGGCCGACCUCGGGCUCUUGAGAGAGCGCACACGGCUUGCGUCCCGGCCGUCCAGGCUGUCCAAGGCAUCCCCGUACCGUUUUCGCUGGCCUACUCGUGCUACUCUUCUGGCGCCUCUGUGCCGUCGUAUUCGCCGGUGCCGAUGCGAAGAUACCCGUGGUCCUUGGGCGCUGCUGGUGAGCGUAGUCGCAGCAGUUCUCCCUGCCCUCGUCCUGCCCUUCACAGGACAGGGUCUGUGCCCAGGGUCCCGCCUUUGGUGGCGAGGUCUUGGAUCCCGGCAGGCUGA